ACUGCACGCCGGGAGCCGGAGGACACAGUCUUAUCGCAACUGCUGUGAUGCAGCGUCAGUGGAUAAAUAUUCAAUGUUUUCAACUGAGCAGGGGAUAAGAUGCUUUAAUCUAGUGGCCCGACCCCUUCUCCUCCUCCCAGUCUGGUUGAUUUUCACUUUUCAUUUCACAUCCCCCUCCCUCCUCUGAUCCACCCUGCCAUCCAGGAGACUCCCCAUCCAUCCCAGCACACUGCGCCUAUACAUCAGCCCUGCUGUGCUCAGGAUCAGCUUUCACAUAUCAUUAGAGAACAGUCUAGGAUUUUAAACGAGCACUGCAUGUUUUCUAAUAUUGUGGCUGUAGAGGAGAUAUCUGGUCGGGUCUGAUGUGGAUUUUUCCUGAUGGUUAACGCUGGCACGAUGCCAAGGCUCCGGCUGUGUUGAGACGGGCGCUGAAUUAAAAAAAAAAGGUGUAAAAAAAAAACAGGCGGCACACACAGGACUGGACCACAGACAGAGGCUUCUUUUGGCUAUCAGCAUGGCUGUGAAUAUGAUGCCAGUUCCCACCAUUUGGCCGGGGGAGGAACAACCGUCGCUGCUGGACCAGGAGGGCUCUCUGUCGAGCCAAACCUCCAUCUCUGUGCCAUGCCCACCUGUCAGAGGUGAACUCAUUCACAGCAGCACACAGCCCUCCCGCAGCAAAUCCAAAGGAGAGCUCGUCAUAGUCAUCAACGAGAAGCUGAAAAACAGUAAUGGGAUGCCCUCAGCGCCUGCUGAGAGCACCUCUCCAGUCAUCUCCUCUCCUCCCAGAAGACAACACUCCAUCACCUUCCCCCAUCAAGGCAAGACCAGGAAGGGGAGCAGGGCGGGCUCCAUCGGUUACACCGCCUUCUCGCCCAGACCGUCGCUUUCUCGCCACUCCAGCAUCGCCACCGACCCACCCUUGGACCGGACCAAGGUUAAAGACUACCUCCUCCUGUCCGUGCUGGCCUGCUUCUGCCCUGUGUGGCCCAUCAAUAUUGUGGGAUUUGUCUACUCCAUCAUGUCCAAGAACAGUCUCGAGCAGGGAAACCUGGAUGGCGCUGUGCGUCUGGGGCGUGUAGCCAAGAUGCUCUCGAUGGUAUCACUAGUAGGAGGGACGGUCAUUAUCAUCGCCUGCAUUGUCAACCUGGCCAUUAAUGUGAAAACCUAAGUUUCAUCCGAGGAUGAAACUGGAUAAGGCAACUGACCACCUGGCCCGCACCUGCACCACCGUCUUUACCACCUAGUCAUUACCUGGAUGUGUGACAAAUAUGCACCUAACAUACAGUGCUUACUUAUAUUUCUGUAAUUGGUAUAAAUGGAAGAAAAUAAAAUAUGCAAAUGUUGCUGCUCUGAGUUUGGGGGGUGGGGGGGUGGGGGUGUUUGAUGUUAGAUGGAGAAGGGAGCAGACGGACUAAUAGGUCUCUUUGUAUUCUGGUCAACACAUUCAGUGUGAUUCUUGAGAAAGACAAACCCUUCAGGAAUCCUGUCACCACCCACAGACCUGGGGCGGGGGGGUUGUUUUGCAGAAAACAAAACAAGACCGAUUGCCUCCCAGCUUCAGUGCCACAUGCAAGCCCCAACAAUAUGUCCACCAAAUCCAUCCCUCACUGCACCAGUGACAGGAUGCAUCAGGGCUUCAUCUUGCAGUUCAAUCCCCUUGGAUUCACAGAGAGGCAAAGGGAUUUACACACUGGAAUCAUAGAGCAGAAAUUCUUCUAUUUCCCUCACAGAGCAGAAACACUUUUAGUCUGUCUUCUUGCAUUAUAGCUUAUGUUUGAGAAGUGUGUGCACGGGUGGCAAAAAAGAAGAUGAAAGUGAGGCUUACUAAGGACUAGCUAUGGGUGCUAAAAUGGAAGGGAUUACAGAAAGUCUGGCACAGAAGGAACAGUCAUUACUGUGAGGAUAAACAUGUGCCAAAGAGAAUUUGGAGGGAAAGUUUCUUGCUUUGUAAAGACCCAACUCUGAUCACAGACUUGUUGUAGAGAGAAACAUGGAGAGUGUUGUUACACUGCUGCAACUUUACUGUAUAUCAACUCAGCACCACUGACCACUGUGAGCCAGGGAAUAGGGUACAUGUUCACCAGAAAAAAAAAACAAAAACACUGUAGCAAGAUACUUAACAUGUCCAUUUUGCACUGAAGCUAACUGGGCUAUGUUUUCUCUAACCUAUCUUUUGAUAAUGUU